AGCUGGCCUUGGGGCGGCUCUUCAGGACCUCCCUACACCAGGCACAACGAUGAAAAAGCCACCACAUCAUUGCCAUCAGAAGCCGUUGAGGAAGAACAUUUAGGUUGUAGUACGGCUGACACAACAUGCAACACAUUUGCACCAUUGGAGGGCCCAACAUAUCCCAGUGUGAAGAAGUCUCUUCAGCAAGUGUUUGAGUGUGCCUACACCCAGCUGGUCCUGCCCUGGUACUGCGUCCCUGAGCCCUGUGAGAGGCAGCCCAUCCAUCAGGCACUGUGGAGGGAGUUUGACCAGGUCAUUGAUCGAGUCAUCAGCCGAGGCAGAGACUUCGAUGUCUGCACUGGAAUUCUGGGCUGCGUUCGCAUCCUGACUUAUCACCUAAACAGCGCCAAACAGUCCGGCAGAGAUCCAUUGUUCAGCUCUAGAGGAGAGGAGGUUGCAGUUCUCAGAGUUUUCUCCGAAGCACUGGUGCGAAACUUUCUUCCUGAGUCCCUAUGGGGACUGGCAGUCAGCCAGUGUGUCUUAAAUGAGAUUGUUGCCUUAAAAGUGUUGGAGGUGCUGGUGACCUGGCUUUCGGAUCCUGACAACCUCAACCAGCUGGUGGUGAGUCAGCUGGACAUAGUGACCCCCAAGAGCUCCGUGGAGGACCUGAGUGACUCUGAGUCUGACAGAUCCUCCCUGGAGGGCCAGGCUAGUGGAGCGAAUCUAGAAAAAACUGAGGACACUCAAAACAGUGAGAAGAAGUCCAAAAAGAAAGCCAACAAAUUGACUGAAGGCUGGUCGAAAUUCCUUCACAAGAUGAAACCAAAAAGAGCUAAAAAGAAGAUGAUGAAGGAAAAGGAACAGACGCUGCUGUUCAGGGCCAUGUCCUUUAACAGCAAUCUGUCAGAUGAGGAAGAAGGGAGAAGCCAGGAGGCCCCCAUUUACAGCCAGCAGGAAUCCACCAAUGAAGACCGCAGCCUGGAGGACUACCUGAGUAGUGUACAAGAGGACAUGAUGGAGUUCAAGCUGUCAUAUGAGAUGUGGCGCGUCGGUCACUGGGUGGUCACUGUCCCCAAUGCUCAGAGGGAAGACGAGGAGCUGUGUUUUACAGUUCACAUCGAAGAGAGGGACAACCCUGAGAACCUUCACUGGGAUGUUAAGAAGACACGAACAGACGUCAUCCACUUUCGCAACCUGUGGCAGGUUAGGAACAGAAGAAUAGACUUCGCUAAUUUACCCUCCCUGUCCGUGUUAGAGAGGAACAUCGAGGAGGACUUUAAAGGGGCCACAAUCUCCCUCCAGCUCUUCUUACAGGAGCUGGUUUCUGAUGCCCUGAUGGGUAACAACCAGACGGUUUUUCAGUUCUUGUGUCCUCUGGACAAGCUGCUGUGUGAAGAGGAGUGUGUGGGAGGAGUCUGGAGUCUUCUCAGUGGUCUGGCUGAAUUCCUUACUCCAGCCCAAGAGGAAGAUGAGGAAAGACACAACAGCCUUCAAAGAGGGACCAAAUCAGGUGAUUCCAACACAAUGGAGGUUCUAGAUCCAGCUGCAUCUGUAAACUUGGAUGAAAACAUUGUUGAUUCAAAGAAGGGCCGGUCCCAAGGCCCUUUGAUUCUCAUCUCCCAAUGGGAUGAUAAAUCUCUUUUAAAACCCAAUUCCACCGAGUGCUGCGAAAAUAAAAAGACUGUAGCAGCUGGAAAAUCUGAUUUGUUGGUUAAUGCAGAGAAAACAGAGGACAAAACUGACAAAUCAGAGAGCCCUGUGACAUUCAAACGAAAGACGAUACAAAAAGGUCUGUCUAGAUCAGAGGAAUGUCUGGCUCAAAUGAAACUGGACACCACUGAAAACCAGAACGUCUGUACACCUCGACAUGGAUGCUCACUAUGUGACCUCAGUGACAGUCCGUGCCAUCAUUUGGGUGGAAAAUCGAAUAAAAAGGAGAAACUAACUUUCAAAAUGUCAGGAGGGAUUAGCAAGAGUAAAGGAAAGGACGUGGGGAGCCAGUCGAAAUUAGAAGACUCACACUGUUUGAAAAAGGACCCAUCCAGCUGGGAACACAUUGAAGCAACCAAAGCCAUUUUUGAUUUGUUGAAAGCAAUAUCUGGUAAUUCCAUCUUCAUGAACAUAUUUGAUGCAAUUCUGAAACCCGUCAUGCUGAUAUUGAAAAAGAAAGUGAACAGCUUUUUGAAUAAGAUUCGACCAACAGAAGCCCAGCUUGCCUCAUAUAUUGACAUCUUACGUGAGAAGCAGUGGCCUGAGGGCUUGCCAAAGACAAACAUUCCCAAAGGCCAUCGCAGCAGUGAGGAGAAAAAUGACACUAAAGAUCGAGCUCAGCAACUCAUCAACGCCAGAUAUUCAAAUUAUCUCAUCUUAAAGAAGACUGAUGUGGAGACUGUGUUCAAGCUCUUCCAGGACCCUGAAGAAAACAAGAAGCUGGUUUAUAUGCUGCUUUCAUUCCUUUUAAAAAAGCUUCUGCCAGAUGAGGAUGCCUUGAAGAUGAAUGCCGUAACGUUGCAGAAGGUGAAUGCCAACUAACAAAGUAUUUCUUUAUUUAUUUUCUUUGUUAGUGAAUUGUGCUUUUAAAUAUUUUUUCAUUCAUUAAACUGUAGUCUGGAUGUUUUGGAAAGUUUUGCUAUUUAUUUGAUUGUUGUACCCCAUUGUCACAACAGUCCCAUUUGUUCGUUCUUGGUUGGUGUAUUUGAAUGAAACAUAUUCCAGGCUACACACAAAAUGUUAUGAAUCAAACUAUGAUUGUAAAUGUAUGAAAUGUUGAUUAUUAAAUACAUUGAUCAUUAUACUGUGAUAUGUAUUUGGCUCCAUUGAAAAACUAACAUGAGGUAAUGGUAGCAACAUUAUAAAUAUACUUUUAUUAUAUUUUUAUAUAUAUUUCUUUCCUCUUGUAGGGGACACAGAGAGCACAGUUUGUAAAUAAAAUGAGUGAAGUUUUGACCAAAAUUCUUUGAGCACUUUUUUUUUGAGCAUGUACAGAUUGAAUAGGGAGACGUGUGAAAUUGUAAGAAGCACUUGACUUAAGUUAUUCAUAUUUUUGGGCAUUCUGAUAGGAUAAUUGUCUGUAAUUUUACACACAAAUGCUUUAUUUGAAGUUUUACUGUGAAAAUGUGCAAAAACACUGAAUGUUACAGUUUGAAGUUAAUGUUAUAAAUA